GCAAACCUGAAAACACGAUUUACACAUGUCGAGACAGCAGACCAUGGUUGAUCAAACAGUAGCUUCGCUCAGCAGGUUCAGUCAUUAAAAUGUCAGAAGCGUCAGCCAAAACAGAGAAACCCGCACCUGCGAACUGGAUGCUUCAGCACCCCGCGUAUCUGCAAAUGAAGAGCCUGGGGGUUGAGGACAGUGCACAAAUACACGCAGCUUUCCUCGUGUACAUGGAUCUCACUGAGGUGCGUCAGUGGAAAGAGGUGUCUUGUGUCAAGAGUCCUGAGCUGCAGGUGGUUUUGCUGGAGGGGAGAGAGAAGGAAGGAGCACCCAUUCAGACCAUUUUCCCUCUCCCUGUUCACCAACCUCUGAGCCACAAAAGCAUCCGUCUCGUGCUGGACAGAGGCUUUCCCAUGCUGCUGUGCGCUGUAGCUUCUGACUCCACGCUGGUCUACCAGAGGAUGACUGAUGGGUUGGUGACGCCGGACCCUCCUGUUGGACCCUUCCAGGAUUUGGGACGCCGGCAGCACCGGAAGAGACGACAGAAGCACUGACCGGCUGGAAUGAGAAGACACCUUGGUGUCGUUGGUGAAACGUAGAAGAGAUGAACAGGCAGUUGUUUGGUCUGUCCAUGUGAGCUGCUCCUAAAACAAAGAUCAUGGCAGAAGGUGCGAAUGGACCGAACCACAGUCAGAGUGCUCCCAGGGAGAAACAACAAGCUACAUCUAGCCAGUGAGACAGAUGCACUGACAAGGUGCUCCUUCAGAGAUGUGUUCACACAGCCAUACACGUGACAGUACGUGGUCACAUGUUUCUCAAAACGGGGGCUGAUGAGAUGGAUCCACAAAAUAUUCUAGAUAAUUACUAAUGCAGACUGACUGAUGCUUGAUAUCUGAGGCUAAUGCAGAUA